AUGGCCUGCCUUUCCCCGGAUAUGCAGCAGCAGCAGUGGCUGCAGCAGCUGCAGCAGCAAACACCAGAUAAGGGGCCCCCGCAGCACUACCCUCAAGGUUUAAAUACCUUAGAUCCUUUAGGAUAUCCUGGGGGGCCCCCAGGGGGGCCCCUAGAUCCGGGGGGAACCCUUGGGGGGGCCCCGGGUGGGGGCCCUGGGGGGGCCCCUGGAGGAGGCCACCUGUCGGUAGUACCCCAUUUUCAACUGCAGCAGCAGGAGCAGCAGCAACUCUUCGAGCAGCAGGCUAGUCGCAUGGAGCAGCAGCAACAGCAGCAGCAACAGAUGCAGCAGCAACGGCACCAGCAGCUCCUGCUGCCGACAAUCCAGAUGCAACAGCAGCAGCAGCGACACAUGCAACAGCAACACCAUAUGCAGCAGCAGCAUCAUGUGCAGCAGCAGCAGCAGCAGCAGCACCAGAUCCACCAGCAGCAUCAGAUGCACCAGCAGCAUCAUAUGCAGCAACAGCAACAGCAGCACAUGCAACAGCAGCAGAUGCACAUGCAGCAACAUCACAUGCAGCAGCAACACCAUAUGCAACAGCAACAGCGCAUGCAGCAGCAGAAGUAUGUGCAGCAGCAACAACACGCGCAACAGCAGCAGCAACAGCAGCACAUGCAGCAGCAGCAACAACACAUGCAGCAGCAACAACACAUGCAGCAGCAGCAACACAUGCAGCGGCAACAGCACAUGCAGCAGCAUCACAUGCAACAACCGCACCACAUACAAUCGCAGAUGCAGCAACAGAUGCAGCAGCAGCAGCAUUUGCAGAUGCAGCAGCAGAUGCAGCAGCAGCAGCAUAUGCAGAUGCAGCAGCAGCAGCAUAUACAGCAGCAGCACAUGCAACAGCAUUUGCCGCAACAACAGCAGCAUCCCAUGCAGCAGCAGCAGCAGAUGGUGUCGCUGCAGCAAAUCCAGCAGCAGCAGCAGCAGCCAACUCUCAAUCACCUCCCCCUGCAGCAUCAGGGGUAUAAUAUGCAGCAGCAGCAGCAGCAGCACAUGCAGCAGCAGCCGCAGCAGCACAUGCAGCAGCAGCAGCACGUGCAGCAGAAGCAGCAGCAGCAGCAGCACGUGCAGCAGCAUCUGCAGCACAUCCCUCUCAUGGCGGCGCCGCAGCAGACGAUGCAGCAUCCGCAGCAUCCGCAGCAGCAGCAACAACAACAGCAGCAGCUGCAGCAGCAGCUGCAGCCAAGCCAGCCCCACCAGCUGAGCGGCAAUGCUCAGCAGCAAGACCCAACGCAGCAUCAGCAUCUUCACCAUGAAGUAGCAGCAGCAGCAGUUGCAGCAGCAGCAGCAGCAGCAGGUGCUGCUGCUGCACCUCCUCUUUCGCAGGCUCCAGAGGCUCAGGGGGCCCCCGGAAUUCAAGGGGGAGGUGCGUCUCCCAAGGGCCCCCAAGGGGGGCUCAAGGGGGCCCCCAAGGGGACCCCUAAGGCAGGCGCCAAGGGGGGGGCCUCCAAGGGGGCCCCUCGUGGGGGCACUGCCGUUCUUCCUAGCCCUGCUGGGGCACCGGGAUCCCCAGGGGCCCCUGGGGGCCCCCCCUCAGCCUCUUCAGCUAAGAAACGGAAGGGUACAGUCAGUAAGCCUUCAGCUUCUAGGAAGAAGGGGGCCUCCCCUGGAGAGGUACCUUUGCUGGCCCAGCAGCAGCAGCAGCAGCAGCAGCAGCAGCAGCAAUUAACGAGCCUACAUCAGCAGCAAAUGCUGCAGCAGCAGCAACAACAACAACAGAUAAUGCAGGACACAGGCUCCCCAAUAAGGGCAACGCUGUCGCUGCUGCAGCACAUGCCACAGCAGCAGCAACAGCUGCUGCUGCAGCAGCAGGACCAUCAGAACCAGCUGGGCCUUCCUCAACACCAGCUGCCGCUGGGCAUGCAGCAGCAGCAGCAGCAGCAGCAGCAGCAACAGCAGCUGCAACAGCAGCAGCAACAGCAGCAGCUGAUGCGGCCGCAGCAGAAGACACCGAACGGAGUGAUGCAGCAAAGACCACAGCAGCUGAUUUCUAAUAAGCAGCAGCAACUGCAGCAACAGCAGCAACUGCAACAACAACAGCUAGCCUCUGCGCUGCAGCAGAAUGGUCUCCCGCUGUCGCAGGAGCAGCAGCAGCAGCAGCAGCUGGUGCAGCAGCAGCAGCAGCAGCAGCCGCAACAGCCGGGACAGCAUGAAGAGUGGGGGCACCAGUAUGCGAGUCCUCCGUGUACUGGUGCUGCAUCAGCAUCAACAUCAGCAGCAGCAGCAGCAGCAGCAGAGAUUCCUAAAGUACUGCAGCAGCUGCUGCAGCUGCACCAUGCUGCUGCGCUGCUGGAGCAGCAGGAGAUUGCUGUUAGCUAUAAGGAGCUCGAGUCUGUCUACUUGCCGCUGCUGUGGGGUAGCGAUGCAGCAGCAGAAGCUAGCAGCAGCAGCAGCAGCGACAACAACAGCAGCAAUGACAGCAGCAGCAGCAUUGACAGCAGCAGCAACAGCUGUUGUAGCAGCAGCAGCAAUGACAGCAGCAGCAACAGCAACAGCAAUGACUGCUGCUAUAGCAGCUGCAGCAGCAACAUCAGCACCGCCAGCACGCAGGUGUCUCUUUCCUUAGAUAUUGCUGCUGAUGCCCAAGACAGUCCCUGUACAAGUAUCCUCAGCACCUGCAGCAGCAGCAGCAGCAGCAGCAGCAGCAGCAGCAGCAGCACGACCUGCAGCAGCAGCAGCAGCAGGAGGCCAUCCUUAUGGAGUGUGCCUCUUAAUAAGUUAUUAACAAUAAAGAGACACAAAGGAGACACAUUCAUGGCUAUAGGGGAGGGCAAUUGGAUACCAUGGCCUGUGGGGUGUAUGGAGGACCCCUGCAUGCAGCAGCAGCAGCAGCAGCAGCAGCAGCAGGAAUUGCAGUCACAGCUGCAACAGAUGCUGCCUCCCUCUCCCUGGGACCAACAGCAACAGCAUGACCCGCAGCAGCAACAGCAGCAGCAGCUGCUGCUGCAGAGUCUAUGGUGUAAGGGGCAGCAAGAGGAGGCCUCCCCCAGUAUGGAGGGCCCCUCAACAGCAGCAGCAGCAGCAGCAACAGCAGCAACAGCAGCAGGAGCAUCUCUUAGCAGCAUUAUGAUGCUGCCUCUGCCUUGCUGCUUCUCCUCAGUGCCCAAGGCAGGAGCUGCCCCUUUCUAUUGGAGGCCCCUAAGGGGCCCCCCUGCAUGCAAUCAGCAGGACUCACCUGCUGCUGCUGCUGCUACAGCCGAACCUGCUGCUGCAGCUGAUGCUGCUGCUGCUGCAGCGCCUGCUGCUGCUGGUGUUGCAGCUGUUGAGGAAUCACAGCCCACCGAAGCAUGCCCCGCUGAAGGACACGAAGGCAUCGGGCAGCAGCAGCAGCAGCAGGAGCUGCAGCAGCAGCAGGAGCUGCAGCAGCAAGGCCAACCACAAACACCGGAGCAGCAGGGACAUACACAGGACCUGCUGCAGCAGGAGACACAAGUGCAGCAAGCGCAGCGGCAUGUACAGGAGGUACAGCAGCAACUUGUGCAGCAGCAGGAAAUGCAGCAGCAAGGAGUGCAGCAGCAUGGAGAGCAGCAACAGGAACUGCAGCAGCCGGAACUGCAGCAACAGGGACUGCAGCAGCCGGAACUACAGCAGCAGCAAAUGCAGCAGCAAGAAAGGCAGCAGCAGCUGCGGCAGGCACUGCAGCAGCAGGAACUGCAGCAGGUGCAUCAGCAGGGUCUACAACCGCAGCAACAGCAGCAGCAAAUACCGCAGGUGGAGGGGCAAGGGGAACAGCCGCUUGCGAUGCAGCAGCAGGAGGUGCAGCAGCAGCUGCAGCAACAGGAGAUGCAGCAGCAAGAGGUGCAGCAAGAGGAGGUGCAGCAGCAGAAGCAGUUACCGCAACAGGUGCUGCAAGAUCAGGAAUUACCGCCCCAGCUGAUGCUGCAGCAGCAUGAACUGCAGCAGCAAGAGUUGCAGCAACUGCAGCAGCAGCAGCAGCAGGUGCUGCAGCAGCAGCACGCCGCAAGUUGUGGUCCCCCCUUUACAUCUUUUGUACAGAUGGCGGAGGGUGCAGCAGACAGCUGCUGCGGCCUUCUUGAGGCUUGA